UCUUUAGUGAAGAAGAGGAGGAAUUGGCAUAGACAUGACUAUACAGAGUCCGAUGAUGGGACAAAGCCAGUUCAAGCCGGAACAAGAACCUUUGUACAGCAGCUGCGAGCGCGGUCCUUUCCAAGUGCUGAUGAGAUUAUAUUGCGGAUGAAUGGUAGCCAACUGACACAGAGGUACCUGGAGAAACAUGGCUUCAACCUUCCAAUUAUGGUGCCGCAGUUAGAUGAUCUGGGCCUCAGAUUGCCGCCUCCAACCUUUUCUGUAAUGGACGUAGAGCGUUAUGUCGGCGGAGAGAAGAUUAUUGAUGUCAUCGAUGUUGCCAGACAAGCGGAUAGCAAGAUGAAGCUGAAGAACUUUGUGAAGUAUUUUAUGAACCUUGAUCGACCCAAAGUAUUAAACGUCAUCAGCCUGGAGUUCUCUGACACCAAGAUGGCAGAACUAGUAAAAGUGCCGGACAUCAGUAAAAAGUUGUCUUGGGUGGAGAAUUACUGGCCUGAUGACUCUGUCUUCACCAAGCCGUUCGUUCAAAAGUAUUGUCUGAUGGGGGUAGAGGACAGCUACACUGACUUCCACAUAGACUUUGGAGGCACUUCUGUCUGGUAUCACGUUUUGUGGGGGGAAAAGAUUUUCUACUUGAUAAAGCCCACCGAUGAGAACUUGGCAAAGUAUGAAGCAUGGAGCUCGUCUGUUACCCAAAGCGAAGAGUUUUUUGGGGAUAAGGUGGACAAGUGUUACAAGUGUGUAGUAAAGCAAGGUCACACACUCUUUGUCCCAACAGGUUGGAUUCACGCUGUGCUCACGUCUCAGGAUUGCAUGGCCUAUGGUGGGAACUUUUUGCACAACCUAAACAUUGGCAUGCAGCUCAGGUGUUACGAGAUGGAAAAAAGACUGAAGACCCCAGAUCUCUUCAAGUUCCCUUUUUUCGAGGCGAUUUGUUGGUUUGUGGCCAAAAACUUACUUGAAACUUUAAAAGAGCUAAGAGAAGAUGGUUUCCAUCCUCCAAACUAUCUGAAGCAAGGUGUGAAAGCAUUAAUUACUGCACUGAAAAGCUGGAUGAAAAAAGAAUCUGUAGCAGAACAUGCUUUCGAAAUCCCAGACAACAUCCGACCUGGGCAUCUUAUUAAAGAGCUGUCUAAAGUGAUUCGCUCUGUAGAGGAAGAGGGGAGCAAGCCAGUCAAAUCUCAGGGAAUCCACAGUCUGAGCCCGCUCUCCCGAUCCUCACAAGAGAAAUCCUCCCAUCAUUCCAAGCAGAAAGCACGGCGGCUGCGUGACCACUCGAACAAAGCACCCUCUAACCUCGAUAUCCUGGAGCAUCACACCAGGGAGGUGCUGAAGAGGCUAGAGAUGUCUCCGUGGGAAGAGGACUUGGGCAGUUACAAGUUGAACAUGAAAUUUAACAGGCCACUGCAGCCGUCUUCAACUGUCCCUGAUCAGAAAAUGAGGGAUAAUGACAUGCGGCUCCUGCUUUCCAAUGGAAAGAUAAUAAGAGAUGAAAGACAGCAGUUCACUGACCGCAGUCUGUACACUGCAGACAGCGACGAUGAAGAUGACCACGCCAGGUUGAGAAAAUCCAAGGAUAUUAAAACAGAGCAGCCUUGCUCCAGCUCGGAGGCCGAGGGCAAAGGAGAAGCUCAGAAACCACUUAAUAUGUUUUUCGAAAGUGUCAAAUCGGAACUCAGGAAUGGAACCUCAGAAUAUUCCGAUAUUUCUGAUUCUGAAGGAUCCGAAGUGAAUUGCACUAACCAGCAGCAGAAAAAUUCCACAGAGGAUUCAGACAGCUCAGGUGACGAGCAGCCGGAGGAGCACACAGCAAGUGUUAAAAAAGAGGACACCACAACCUGCAGCAAUGGAUUCUACUGGUCAGCUAGCGAAACUCCACAGAAAAGUGAAUGUCUCCGCUCGACCAGCAUAGAGGAGGAUGCGAUCCAGGGCAUGCUGUCUAUGGCGUCUUUGCACUUCCCAUCUCGGCCUCCUGCAGACGCAAAGAGCACAGGCUGCAAAAUGAGGCGUGUAUAUCCUCAGCUGCACAUCAAGUUCUCUCAGGAGAAGGUGGACUCUCAAGAGCCAGAAUUGCUGAAAAAUGGUGAGCAUGUGUGCCAUUUAUGUGACUGA